AUGCCUAAGAACGAGAUGACCAAAGGAGAUUCGUCUCGAAUCCAGAGCACCCAGGCUCAAGGAGGCAAAGACAUGUCCUCCGGCGGAUUUGCCGCUCGCGCGCAAUCUGCUGCAGACACCGCGCAGAACGCUGCUCAGUCCAACAACUCUGCCAACACUGGCGCUGGAUCGGGCGCAGGAGGUCAGAAGAAAUAG